CCCAAUAAAAUGUCUACGAAUCUGGCGAAUGUGUACGCGGAGCUGAUGCGCCGAUACGGCGAGACAUAUACCAUUACCUACGGCCCACCGCCAACCUAUUUGGCCAGCAUAGCUGGAGCUGCGGAGGCGGGAAAGAAGAUAGUGUUUCUUUUUAGAGAAGAACGCAGUGGUGCCGCUGCGUCCAGGAUUCGGACCACGCCUGUCAAGCGGGAGCGUAAGUCAGAGGUCACGUCCGAGCUGGAUCUUACGGGAAGUCCCCUCAAGGAUGACUGUGAAGUGGAAGCCAUUGGAGAUCAGUCACUGGAUCUGCAACUGGAGGACAAAAACCCCUGGAAGCUGGAAGAGGAGUUCCACCGGGGAAUACCCGCAAACACGGCGAGGUCCAUUAUCUGUCAAGAGUCCUUUCAGCAGACCGACGGUCUGGGUUCUGUGUGGUUCCUGUGCGACGCGCAAGACUUGGGCCAAACGCAGCUGCUACAAUACGAGUUCGAUAAGUCGCACUUCUCACGGGGAAUCCUCAGCUAUCAGGGUGUGGUACCAGCCUAUACGGUGACCUCGCAGUCCCUAGUGCGGCAACACUCCUCUCCCGGUAGCCAUCCAGCUGAAACUGUCAUCGAAAACAACUACAUAGUGAACUCCAACAUGAUGCUACGCUGUUCCUAUUCCACCAACGCCCCUCUUCCACUCUUGAUAAACCUGCACGACUGCGAAGUGACUCUGAAUAACACAUUCCACGUGGGUGAUUGCAGUUCCCUGACCCAGGACUUUAUGAAUCAGCUACGUAUCUUGGUCUACAUACGCGAGGAUAUCGUAAACUACCACAAGGAUGUGCAGCAGGGCAUUACCAGGGAUCCCAAGUACCGUUGUGGCAUUGGGAUCGAUAUGGACGAGUUGCGGGAGGCGAUUAACAAGACCAUGACAGAUGUGUCGGGCUUUACGGAUCUUCCCUCACAUGGUCUUGGGGGAGACUCCGACCUCGAGGAUGUGGUGCAUCGGGCCAAGAUCCGUAGGAUUACAGAUCUCACCGACAAACUCUGGGAGCUGCUCAAGUGUUGCGACUCUUAUAAGGACCUAAAAAUGGCCUUCAAUAUGUUAUUCCAGUGCGCUGCCCGAUGUAAUAUAGUGAAUACCCCCACCAAUAAAAAUCGCCUGGCCGAGAUAAUCAAAGAGCUGGCUAAUCGUCGAUUAGCCAUGCCUUGUCUUAGUGGCGCCGAGCCCUUGGAACUCCUUCUGGAGAUUGGCCUAGAGAAGGUUUAUAAGGACUAUGAAUUUAUCUACACCGAAAGCAAAAUGUGCAGCACAAACCUGCUGAAGCACACAAGCGAGGUGGCAACGGCAAAUGAUGAUGAUGACUCACCGCAGAAUCUGCCUCAGCUGCGAAAAUCCUUGCAUAAUGCGGUUAGGGGUGAUCCCACGCCCGGAGCGGGCGGAAUGCGAAAGACGUUGCUGCAUCACAAUGGUGCCGACAAGUCGGGGAAUGCAAAGUAUGCUAGCAAGGACGACGACGAGGCGGGAUUUAAGAAUAGUCAUUUUGAUGAGCAUGAGAGUAUGGAGCGGGUCUCCAAGCUGUUUCAAAUACACUGCACUUUGGAGCAUCUGUUGAUGAUACAAGUGCACCUCAAUUUGCCGAACGCUUAUAGCGAUAUCUGCUCCAAGCUGCUAAAGAAAACCCCUCGCCUGCUGGAAGCCAUCGAUGACCAACUUAGUGACGUGAUGGAUAUCAAUAUCUCUGCUCACUGUGUCAGCUCCCAUUUGGAUGGCAAGGAGCCCUACUCGCGUCACAUUACCAUGCGAUCGUAUAAUAAAUUUCGAGAAAUAAAGACCACUUUUUACUACAACUCUGACAACAUUUGUCCCCCAAAUCUGGCCGAGUGCUUUCAAAGCGAUGACAAAAAACUUGUCAAGGAGCGAACCUAUCAUUCCUGGUUGUAUCAUAAGAUUCGUACACUUCAGUGAUUAUAUGAGUAUGUUAUAUUUAUUUGCACUUUUUGUUCUAAAAAAUCAAUUAAAUUGUUCAUUAAAAGCGGAUUUAGUAUGUAUAAUAAAUUAAUAUUUUUUCUAA